AUGCUUCGGAACCCUGAGAGCAACGUGAAGAAGCUGGCGGAGUUCAUGGGGUGCGCCUUCUCCGUCCAGGAGGAGGCAACCGGGGUCGUGCAGGACAUCGUGGAGCUGUGCAGCCUCGAGAGUCUCAAGAACAUGGACGUGAACAAGAGUGGCAGCCAUGGUCCAUUGGCGCACGAGUCCUUCUUCAGGAAGGGUGUGCCCGGGGACUGGAGCAACCACAUCACUCCGGCCAUGGCGGAGAGGCUGGAUAAGAUCGUCGAGGACGCGCUGCAAGGCUCGGGAUUCACCUUUGACGUCAGAGAGGCGUCUGCAUGA